AUUUGCAUCAGUCAGUGGAAGAAGCGGAGAGCGAAGACGCACUGAGGAGCUCGAACCGGGAAGAGGAAAGUUAUUUAAAUAAGAUUUUGAUUUUGUUUUUUUAUUUGCUUUAGAGAUAUUUGGGAACUGAUCUCGUCUCCCGUGGCGGUGGUCAGGGUUUUAGCUGUAACAGAGACGGUGAAUGAGAGCUGGAGAUAUCGGCUCUCAUCGCGGGGAGAGGACUUGUCUGCGCGCCGAGCUACAGAGCGGCUCCAGCGGGUAGAGGCUGCGCGUCUUUGCGCAGAGCUGCCCCCGGAAUCAGCGGGCGGUUCGAACUAGAGGAGAGAAGAAGUUGGGCUCACUUUUGGAAGAUUUUUUUUCUUUUUUUCUUGUUUAAGGAAACCGGAGCCAAGCUUGUCGGAUUGUGCACUUUGUGCGUUUCUGCUCUUGUUGGAGGCGGAAAAGGACUGGAUGCCUGCUGCCGGUGCGCGAAUCCUCAAGAAGCAGCCAAGGAUUGUAUCCAUUAUCCAACGGAGUAAGGGCGCAAGGUGGAGGGACGGAGGACUCGCAUCUUUCUGCGGAGUGGAAAUGGAAAGGCUGGCCCUGGAGAGGGGAGAGCAGCCGGCGGAGGAGAGGAGACGGAGCAGGAGCUGAGUGACAGGAUGCCCGCGACCUGAGCGCUCAGCACCGCUGAUACCUUUUUUAUUUUUUUAACUUUUUUUUUUCUUUUGCUAAAAAACAAAAAAAAAUAACACUUAACAAAGGAAACACAUUGUAAAACAAAGAGCUUUGGGGAAAUUGAAUAAUAUUUUCACAAUUCUUUCCUGGAGUGCUAUUUUUCCUUUUUAUUUUUUCUUCUGAUUUUGGAGGAGACAAAACAAGGAUGCAUUGUGGAUUAGUUUUUGUCCUGUUUAUGGGAUUCCUCCUGGUGCUCGAGGCUUUUAAAAACGAUAAAUGCGGUGGCAACAUCAGAAUCUCCAGCGCGAGCUACCUCACGUCGCCAGGUUACCCCGUGUCCUACCCCCCCUCCCAGAGGUGCGUGUGGGUCAUCUCGGCGCCUGGUCCUCACCAGCGGAUCCUUAUCAACUUCAACCCGCAUUUUGAUCUGGAGGACCGAGAGUGCAAGUAUGACUACGUCGAGGUGCGAGAUGGCGUGGAUGAGAGCGGGCAGCUAGUGGGGAAGUACUGCGGGAAGAUAGCCCCCUCGGCGGUCGUCUCCUCUGGAAACCAGCUCUUUAUCAAGUUUGUGUCGGACUACGAGACGCACGGAGCGGGUUUCUCCAUCCGAUAUGAGAUCUUUAAGACAGGUCCCGAGUGCUCCAAAAACUUCACCUCCAACAGUGGUGUCAUAAAGUCGCCAGGGUUUCCGGAGAAAUACCCCAACAACCUGGACUGCACCUUCAUGAUCUUUGCCCCAAAGAUGUCAGAAAUCAUCCUGGAGUUUGAGAGCUUCGAGCUGGAACCCGACCCAACACCCCCUAGUGGUGUCUUUUGCCGCUACGACCGGUUAGAGAUCUGGGAUGGUUUCCCAGGAGUCGGGCCGUACAUCGGACGGUACUGCGGCCAGAACACCCCCGGCAGGAUCAUCUCCUAUACAGGAAUUUUGGCACUGACAAUCAACACGGACAGCGCCAUCGCUAAGGAAGGCUUCUCUGCUAACUUCACCGUCCUGGACAAGACAGUCCCAGAGGACUAUGACUGCAGCGACCCACUGGGAAUGGAGUCGGGAGAGAUAACAUCAGACCAAAUCAUGGCUUCAUCCCAGUACAACCCCAGCUGGUCCCCAGAGCGCUCCAGACUCAACUACUAUGAAAAUGCGUGGACUCCAGCAGCCGACUCCAACAAGGAGUGGAUUCAGGUGGACCUUGGCUUUUUGCGGUUUGUCUCUGCCAUUGGUACACAGGGUGCUAUUUCCCAAGAGACCCACAAAAUAUACUUUGUCAAGUCCUACAAAGUAGACGUCAGCUCAAAUGGAGAGGACUGGAUCACCUUGAAAGAAGGCUCCAAACAGAAGAUUUUCCAAGGCAACACCAACCCAACAGACGUUGCCAAGACAAAGCUGCCUAAACCUACGCUGGCGCGCUUCGUUCGCGUCCGUCCAGUGACCUGGGAAACAGGCAUUGCUCUGCGCUUCGAAGUGUACGGCUGCAAGAUAUCAGAGUACCCCUGCUCUGGCAUGCUAGGCAUGGUGUCAGGCCUGAUCACGGACAACCAGAUCACGGCGUCCUCUCAUACGGACCGGAGCUGGGUGCCUGAGAAUGCCCGCCUUCUCAACAGCAGGACAGGGUGGACCCUGCUGCCUCAGCCACAGCCUUUCACAAACGAAUGGCUGCAGGUGGAUCUUGGUGAAGAGAAGCUGGUGAAGGGGUUAAUCAUACAGGGAGGCAAAUACCGGGAAAACAAGGUCUUCAUGAAGAAGUUCCGUCUUGCACACAGCAAUAACGGCUCUGACUGGAGGAUGGUGCAUGACACCAGUGGAAACAAGCCAAAGAUAUUUGAAGGUAACAGCAAUUACGACACACCUGAGCUGAGGACAGUGGAGCCCCUGCUGACUCGUUUCAUCAGAAUUUAUCCAGAGAGGGCCACUCCUGCUGGGAUGGGCCUGCGACUUGAACUCAUUGGCUGUGAGAUUGAAGCUCCGACGCUACUUCCAACCACUGCAGUCCCAAGCACCACCCCUUCAGACGAGUGUGACGACGACCAGGCGAGCUGCCACAGCGGCACAGGUGAUGACUACGACGUGACAGGUGGUUCCAUAAUGCCUGAGACCACAACCUCAGAAGUGGACACCAUUCCAGCGUUUCAGUGGUUUGCCUGCGACUUUGGUUGGCCCAAUGAUCCGUCCUUCUGCAGCUGGACACCAGAGGACACUGGUUCCAGAUGGCAAAUCCAGUCCAGUGGCACCCCAACUCUCAACACUGGUCCUAACAUGGACCACACAGGAGGAUCAGGGAAUUUUAUCUACACUUUAGCGACUGGUCUACAAGAGAACGAAGUUUCUCGACUGGUCAGUCCCCCGGUCAACUCUCAGGAUGCUGACCUGUGCCUGUCUUUUUGGUACCAUAUGUAUGGGCCGCACAUUGGAACAUUGCAUAUCAAACAGCGUAAGCAAACUGAAGGUGGAUCGGCUGAUAUAUUGCUUUGGACGAUCAGUGGUCAUCAAGGCAAUCGCUGGAGGGAAGGACGUGUUCUCAUGCCACGCACUAGCAAACCCUAUCAAGUGGUGAUUGAGGGUCUUGUACAGAGGAAAAGUUGGGGAGACAUUGCCGUGGAUGACAUUAAGGUUCUCGAAGGAGUUGGUCAGACAGACUGCGAUGAUCCUGUUGUGCCGACUGAGCCAAUUCUACCUGAGGACGAAAUUGACAAAAUUUUUGAGGAAAUCACAGACUUUCCAGACCUGGUAGAAACGAACCAGAUCAGCGGUGCUGGCAACAUGCUGAAAACUCUAAAUCCCAUCCUUAUUACCAUCAUCGCCAUGUCAGCCCUGGGGGUUUUCCUGGGUGCCAUCUGUGGUGUGGUUUUAUACUGCGCUUGCUCACACGGCGGCAUGUCAGAGAGGAACUUAUCCGCCCUGGAGAACUAUAACUUUGAGUUAGUCGAUGGUGUCAAGCUAAAGAAGGACAAACUCAAUGUACAGAACUCAUACUCAGAGGCGUGAGAUGGGUCUGGCUGCUUUCAUAUGACUAACAAACGGGCAGAGCUCGCACAAAAAGACAUAAACAACUCAAGGCAUAUCUUCUCAUAUGUCUGCCCCAUAGGCGGGCUCAACAGGACUGCCAAACACCCUCUACUCAUUAGAUGAGGGUCAGGUUCAGGAAACCAGUGGGAGGUUUGGACUGAUCCACGCUUUUUUCUCAGGAGCUGCAGUAAAAAAAGAACCUACCAGUAGGGGACACUGUGUACAAAUAAAAUUACAGGAAAAAAAAUAUGUACAGAUGUUUAAGAUGAUAUUAUAAUUUUGUAUUUUGAUUUUCAUUCAUUUCUACAAUCGGAUGCUGGUGUUGAGACCAAUUUAUUAAUGAUGUUUAAAGUAUUUAUCAUUUUCUGGGUAAAAAAAAAAAAGUUUUGUUUUGUAGAAUCAGUUCAUGAAGGCUGUUGUUUCUUUUCAUGCUUUCAAAGAGACGUAUUGAAUCUUUAAAGAACCAUAUUCAACAAAACUGUUAAUUUGCCCUAUAGGGUGGCAUGGCGAGUGCGACCCUAAUCCUUUUCCAUUUUAUCACUCUAAAGUGAGGGUCCCGUUCAUGUAUGGUUCUGACAGUGCCUUUAGUACCUUUUGGUUAGCCUUUUCUGUUGAACUGAGUUCUUCUUUUAAUUGCUGUAUAUUAGGAUUAAGUUAUAAUUAAAGGAAACAGGGGCACAUUACAUUAUAAAGUCCUAUCAAACAGGACUAAAGUUUAUUGCAGCGCUUUUUUGUUUUUUUCUGUCCUAAAAAAGAACUUUGUAAAUACGUUUUAAUAUAUUUUAUUGCCCUUUUUAAAGAAAGUAAAAAGAAAAAAAAAGCUGCAGUAUCCCUUUUUUCCCCCCCCUUCAUGAAUGUGAGUGCGUGUGUGUAAAUACAAUCUUUUGACUGUUUUGUGCAAAACUGCGACGUCGAUCUUAGAUUCUGUUGCUCAGGCAAGGAAGAUUGUUUUUUGGGAUUUUUUUUAUUUUGGUGCAUUUGUUUCAUCUUUCAUUU